CAUCGUUGUGCAGAUGGUGUCAUUUUGAAUCUCGGCCAGCAGGCGGCAAUAGAGUCAGUCACGCGCAGCGCGCACCGCUCCUCGUCACCAGCGAGUAACGGUCAGCAGCCCUGAGCGCUGGAGAGGAAUGGAACAGUGAAAGACCUCUUCAUCGGCGAGGGCCUACUAAUGGCCUAUCGAGGAUGCUAGUGUUACCAUGGGCAGCGUCACUCUGCGCUACUUUUGCUAUGGUUGCCUCUUCACCUCCGUGACCUGGUCAGUUCUACUCUUCCUGUAUUUCAACCUAAGCCAGGAAAGCCGUUUGUCCUUUAAAGAUGUGCCCGUCCAGGGGCAGCACCGUUUUCAGUCUCGUUUCACCCGUGGCCCAGCAGUCCUGCGCAGAGAUGGCAGUCAAGUCCACAAAGGACGUGCAGUGGAGACUCUCAAGCUGGACCUUUCUCCAGAGCUGGGAAUGAUUUUUAACAAGCAGGACCAAGAGGUACGAGAUAUGGGCUAUCAUAAGCACGCCUUCAACGUUCUCAUCAGUAACCGACUUGGCUACCACAGAGAUGUCCCCGACACCAGGAAUGACAAGUGCAGAGAUCGGAUCUAUCCCGUGGCCUUGCCCACAGCUAGCAUAGUGAUCUGCUUCUACAAUGAGGCAUUCUCUGCUCUCCUUAGGACGGUUCACAGUGUGCUAGAUCGCACACCAAACUAUCUGCUCCAUGAGAUCAUUCUGGUGGACGACCACAGCGAAUUGGAUGAUUUGAAGGAAGACUUGGAUUCUUACAUAAAGCAGCACCUGCAGAAGAAAGUGAAGCUAGUUCGUAAUGAGAAGAGGGAGGGCCUGAUCCGUGGAAGGAUGAUUGGGGCAUCUCACGCUACAGGUGAGGUGUUGGUGUUUCUGGACAGUCACUGUGAGGUGAAUGAGGCAUGGCUCCAGCCUCUGCUCACACCCAUUAAAGAAAACAGAAAAAACGUGGUUUGUCCAGUCAUUGACAUCAUCAGCGCAGACACACUAGUAUACAGCCCCUCUCCUAUUGUGCGCGGUGGAUUCAACUGGGGCUUGCACUUUAAAUGGGAUCCAGUGCCCGUGUCUGAACUCAGCAGCCCUGAUGGAGCCAUCAGGUCUCCCACGAUGGCAGGUGGGCUGUUCGCCAUGGACAGGAAGUAUUUUUAUGAGCUUGGUCAGUAUGACCGCGGCAUGGACAUCUGGGGUGGCGAGAACUUGGAAAUAUCUUUUCGGAUUUGGAUGUGUGGAGGGCAGUUACUGAUCGUUCCCUGCUCCAGGGUGGGGCACAUCUUCCGCAAGCGCCGGCCCUAUGGGUCACCCGGAGGUCAGGAUACAAUGGCCCACAAUUCCCUGCGUUUGGCCAAUGUCUGGAUGGAUGACUAUAAGGAGCAGUACUUUGUCUUGCGCCCGGAGCUGAGGAACCGUAACUAUGGUGACAUCAGUGAGCGGGUUGCUAUUCGGAAGCGUCUGCAGUGUCACUCCUUCAAAUGGUACCUGGACAAUAUCUACCCCGAAAUGCAGGUCUCCUCCCCACACAAGCCUCAGCAUCCUGUCCUUAUCAACAAGGGUUUGAAGAGGCCCAAAGUCCUGCAGCGGGGUCGGUUGCGUAAUCUGCUGGCUGACAAGUGUCUGGUGGCACAGGGGCGUCCCAGUCAGAAAGGGGGUGCUGUGGUGGUGAGAGACUGUGACCCACAGGACCCUGAGCAGGAAUGGGCAUAUGAUGAGGAGCAUGAGUUGAUUCUCGCCGGGCUGCUGUGUUUGGACAUGUCUGAGAUUCGUUCUUCUGACCCGCCGCGCCUCAUGAAGUGUCACGGCUCAGGUGGAUCUCAGCAGUGGACACUGGGGAAUAAUAAGUGGCUAUACCAGGUGUCAGUUGGCCAGUGUUUGGCUGUUGCCGACCCUCACAGCAUCAAAGGAUAUGUUACUAUGGCGAUCUGUGAUGAUUCCCGGUCCCAGAAGUGGCAGUUAGAGAGUUGAGGAUGUUGGAAAUGUGAGGAACAGCUAUAGCGCCCCUCUGGCUGGGUAUUGAACUGCA